CCAUAGUGCACGUUGCAGCGAAUGAAUUUUUUGUCGAUUCUUGUUGUAGGAACAUAGUUAGUAAAAAGCGUGGCGCCGCGAUUCAGAUUUUUCUGGGAGACAAUGUCUAGUUGCUGGCUCGUUCGGAAGGAUGGAAGCCAUAAACCAAUACGCCUACCUCAUCUCCAGACAGUGCUGUUGGGUCGGGGACCCGAAACUACAAUUAAAGACAAAAAGUGCUCCAGGGAACAAGUGCAACUGAAGGCAGAUUGUAACAGGGGAUACAUCUCUGUCAAACAGCUUGGUGUGAACCCCACCAGCGUGGGUUCAGACCCCGUUGGACAAGGGAAGGAGGUGAGGUUGAAGCCUGGGCAGCUGCUCUACAUGGUCAACCAGCUGUACCCCUAUACCGUUCAGUUCAGGGAGGAGUCCUCCAACCACAACCCCAACUCCAAGAGACCCCACACGCCUGGGACAGAGGAGCGGGACACCGACGCCAGGCCCCCCGGGCACAAGGUGCCCCGGCCAGAGGGUCCCGAAAAAGGCCCCAGCCAGCACAGAUCCGAAGGGGCGCUGGGUAUGCCCCCCUCAAAAACACAGCCCCGCCCCCCAGAGAAGACACAGCCUCGCCCCCCAGAGAAGACACAGCCUCGCCCCCCAGAGAAGACACAGCCCCGCCCCCCAGAGAAGACACAGCCCCGCCCCCCAGAGAAGACACAGCCCCGCCCCCCAGAGAAGACACAGCCCCGCCCCCCAGAGAAGACUGUCGGCAGCAGCGCACAGCCCCAAGCACAAGAGACGGGUGGACACUGGAGCCAAGGCCUGAAAGCCAGCAUGCAGGACCCCACAAUGCAGGUGUACAAGGACGAGCAGGUGGUGGUCAUUAAGGACAAGUACCCAAAGGCGCGCUACCAUUGGCUGGUUCUCCCGUGGGAGUCCAUCUCCAGCCUGAAAGCCCUGCAGGGGGCGCACUGCGGCCUGCUGCGGCACAUGCAGCGCGUGGGAGAGCGCAUGGUGCAGCAGUGCAGAGACGCGCAGUCCCUGCGCUUCCGCAUGGGCUACCACGCCAUCCCCAGCAUGAGCCACGUACACCUACAUGUGAUUAGUCAGGACUUUGACUCUCCUUGCCUGAAAAACAAGAAACACUGGAAUUCCUUCACAACUGACUACUUUAUUGAUUCUCAAGACGUGGUGGCGAUGCUGGAGCGGGACGGGCGCGUGACGGUGCAGGAGGGGGCGGGCGAGCUGCUCAAACUGCCGCUGCGGUGCCACGCGUGCCACAGAGAGCUCGCCACCAUGCCGCAGCUGAAGGAGCACCUGAAGACCCACCUGCCCAGGUGAGGCGGGAGUGCGCCUGCAGGGGGAGACAGAGAGCAGGAAUGUUCCAGAAGAAGACCGCAACGUUUUUUUUGUGUGGUUCCCUCUCCUCUGACACUGGGGAAGAUGAGCUGCUCCUUCCUCUCUCUUCAGUCCAGCAGUUAAUCUCGCAGACACCGCCAGUCACCUGAGGAUGUGAAUGUGCUGCUUCUGCUGCCUCGGCCACAGGGGGGUGCUGCUGAGCAAUGGGUCACAGAUUUCCCUCCCUCCCCCUCUGCCUCUCUCCCUCCCACAAUAUCUCUCUCCCUCCCUCUGUGCCUCCCUGGGUGACUGGAAGCAGUGCUGCCGUGCCUCAUGGGAAAGACAGGCAGAGGGAACAGGAAUAUCACUGUAGAACUACAGCAGCAUUCCACACAGUAGCCUUCCAUAGGAGUGAUUCAGGGAAUUUUCACCCCCCUCCCCCGCCCCGCC